UUGCAGUACGUGUUUGACAAGGAUCUAUUCAGCUUUGAUGACCCCAUGGGCAAUGCGGAGUUCGACAUACGAGCAAUUUUCGACGUUGUGAAGAUGAACUUAGAAGACUUCGUUGAUGGGUCUGUCAUAACAACAGUGGUGCCCAACAGGCAAAACUGUCUGGCUGAAGAGAGUGCUAUCCGCUUGGAGAAUGGGAAAGUUUAUCAGGACAUGUUUCUGAGGCUCAGGAAUGUGGAGUCCGGUGAAAUUGAGCUGCAGUUGCAGUGGAUAAACAUUCCUAAUGCGAAGAGCUUUCAGGGUUCAUAAGCUUUGCUAGCCAUUUACAUUCUCAAAAACAUAAAAUAAAAUGAAUUAGUGUAAUAUUUAAUGUAGAUAUAGUAUAUGUUGUUUCC